ACUUUAUAUAACUUAACACUAUCUCCUUACCUACCCCUCUCUUUCCUUAAAAGCACAACAUAAUUCAAAUAGGGAAGACGUACAAGUUAAGUUACGCUAAACCCAUUGAUUUGGGUCCCAGAAAUGUCUCUGUAUCGCAAUGCUGUGUGGUUAUUAAAAGGAAUCCGAGAAUAUACAAAGUAAGUUUAAUUUUAAUAAUUAAUUAAUUAACAAUUUUAUUUAUGCUAAGGCCUGGAAGGGGGAUAAGUAGUAUUAUACUAUAAAUUAUAGUAUAGUAUACAAUAUAAAUAAGUCAUAAGGAUACAGAUUCUGGAAUAAGUAAGUCUGGUAAAUCACACACAGUAUAACAUUGACAUAGUCAUAGGAAUAGCAGUGCAGACCUGUUUACCCCUGGGUUAGUCAGAGUAGUUUUCAGCCCACAAAAACAUAGUUUGAAGCUCUAAAGACUAAAUAAAGAGUAGUUUUGCACUUUCGGUUUUUAAAGGUGCUGUCGAGUGCUGUUGGGCAUUAUUUUAUUAACACUACAAACUUAAUAUUGAAUCAAAAAGGAAUUAAUUUAUUAUUAUUAUAUUAGGCUUAUAGAGUAUAGAGCAGGGGUCUCAAACUCCCGGCCCGCGGGCCAUUUACGGCCCGCUACCUGACAGCAAAGUUUAGUGUUAAUGCGGCCUGCAAGUUUUCCCCAUUCUCAUAUCUAUAACGUGACAAUCCGCGGCGGUUUCAAUCGAAUCUCACAGAUUAAUCUAAUUCUGAUUUUCAUCAUGUUUGUAUAGAUUUGAACGUUUAUUAUAAUGGUAAAACCCGUUUUAAAAUCGACUAAAAGUUUUUACUUUGUGCCAUUUUAUGAGACAAACAAAGUGCGGUUUUGAGAAAAGUUAAAAAAAGUCAGUUAGUGGGUAAUGCACUGCAAUAAUUGUGUAAAUCGUAACAAUCUGACACAGUAUCAAAGAAUCCCUAUUAAAAUUGCUGCUAGUGUGUACGCGUGAGGAAUAUUCCGAGCUGUCAGCUUGGUCUCUUUCAAAUUAGGGUUUGUCAAAAAGCCCUUUUCUACGAUAAGAAAAUCAAAAUUCAUUCUCUCUACAAUAACAUCUUCCUUCGCAUCAAUAAUUCAUAAAUAUUGCCUGCUCCUGCCUACUGUCUGAACUUGAACAUGUUUUAGUCUUUAAAGUUUUCAUGGAGAAGGUUGGGGUGGUUGUUCCUGUACUAAGUGAUCCCAAGUGGCUCAUGGACUUGGCUCUUCUUGUUGACAAGAGCUGAAUGUACUCAACAAGAAGUUACAAUAGCUUGUCAGUGUGUUGCCAAUGACAAUGUCAGGGCAUUCUGAACAAAACUUGUAUUAUGGUUCUUAGAGCAACCUCUGCCAUUUCCCAACAUGCAAAGUACGCAUGGACUCUGGCUCAAUAUUCAGGAGUAACUUAGUAGUAAGUAUACUGAUGCCAUUGCAAAGCUACAGAAAGAAUAUGAUCACAUGUUUUUAGAAUUAAAAAACACACACAGCCACUUUUCAGCUUUUUGCUGAUCCUUUAUCCUUUUAUGUGGAAAAUACCCCCCCCCCCCUUUUUUUUUUUCCUUUUCAAAUGGAGCUGAUUGAUCUUCAGUGCAAUUCUAAGUUCAGGGAGGUGAAUAGAAUAACAGACAAGCAUAGAAAAUUAUGAGAGCAUUGCCCUCCACCUCCACUGAGAUCUCCAGGUUGUACAAGCGGAUCAUACAGUUUUUUGGGAGUACCUAUCUGUGUGAAAAUCUCUUUUCCACUGUGAACUUCAACAAGUCAAAGUUCAGGGCCAAACUUACUGAUGAGCUUCUUCAAGAUAUACUGAGGGUCUUAGUUGCUUCCUCACUGUCCGCGGAAGCAAAGCGUCUCUGCGGAAACUUGGGGGCGUCCACAUGGGGUUUUGCCUCUUCGUGGCGUGGCAGAAUAGUAGGGAGGUUUCCUCCCGAAGCUAAAAAACCCCGGCCACUGCAUGAUUCCCAACGCAACGGGAGGAACGCAAUAACAUGAUUACUUGUUGCCGUUAAUGGAUAUGAGGUCUGGGUGGCGGUCAAAACCCUUGCCGAUGAUCUUAGAUAUGCGGCCCUGAGAAAGCCGCUCCUAGGCGACCGUUUCGUCCCCACUUACGUCCCAACCAGACAACUCCCUGGACGGUUUGGGGGGGGGGGGAGGUAACGCAACACCUUUCCCCCAGAGGGGAAGCGAAGCUGUUCAGACCCAAGGAGAGGGGACCGGGAGCGCUUUAAACGCAGCAUUUUCAGUCGCCUGGACGUCCCCCAGCCAAGGGGGGUCUGAGAAAGCCGCUCCUAGGCGACCGUUUCGUCCCCACUUACGUCCCAACCAGACAACUCCCUGGACGGUUUGGGGGGGGGGGGGAGGUAACGCAACACCUUUCCCCCAGAGAGGAAGCGAAGCUGUUCAGACCCAAGGAGAGUGGACCGUGAGCGCUUUAAACGCAGCAUUUUCAGUCGCCUGGACGUCCCCCAGGCCAGGGGGGAGGUUCCUAACAUGCUUCCAACACGGCCUGGCGGUGGGGAGACCCAGCGUCGGCCCGUGUGGGGGUGUGCCGGGGGGAGUAUUAAGAGCUCGCGCUAGACGACCCAACGAUGUCAUUUCCAAUGUGACGUUAUUAGUUGCUUCCUCACUCAAGCCAAAGUUGCUCAGAAGAAGCACUGGCACUGCCAGAUAUCUGGCAACAAUGAGUAGGAGGAAAAUGAAGCCUAGUUCUUGAGAACCCUUAAUGUUGUUAUUUGUUAUUUAUAAAGGUUUAGCAGAUUGUAACAGUUGUACUUUAAUGAAUUAGUAAUCGCUUCUUUUGUGGAAUACUUGAUGCAGCCCAGUCUCACUCAAACUCUACCUCCUGUGGCCCCCGGGUGAUUUUGACCCCUGGUAUAAAUGGUCCUAUAUCAUAUAGACCAGUAUCCUAUUUAUACCUUAUUAAUAUAGUAGGGAUAAUAAAAUAAACCUAUGCCUGACUUCAAUAGACUUCAGACUAAGUCUACAAAGUGCGGAAGAAGGUGUAUCAAGAACAUUUUGAACAAUGAAAAUUGAAAUGGUUGCAUAUUUAGGGUUAAUUUAUGCAUUAUUACUAUUAUUAAUAUUAGUGAACUAGGAAAAAAUAAUUUAACAACAUAACUUAGGCCUUCAAUUUUUUUAAAGGCCAGAUGUUAUAUUGUAGAUUUUUAAAAAGGCUGUUAGUAUUACUAAGUUAACUAACUACUGAAUUACUGUACUGCGGUCACGUAUCGUAUUUGUAUGUUAAAUGUUUAAAAACCAAAUUCCUCCACUAAUAUCAAUGUUAUCAUGUACUAUUAAUUCAAAAUGACAUUUUUAUUUUUUUGUUAUCAGAGGUGGUUAUCAGUCUGCCAGCAAAAGUUUCAAUGCUACGGACCUAGAUGUUAACAUCAACCAGCGUAGUUACAUGGUGACAGGGGGAAACAGUGGUGUCGGCAGAGCAACUGCUCUAGCCCUAGCCAAGAAAGGUCACAGUGGCUUUCAUCUAUAGUUGCAGGUUCUUUAUUUUUAAAAAAAGUAUUAAAAGAAAAAUCAAUAUUAAACAUAAAAUUAAUUUUUUUUUUUCCUCAUAAUAGUGUUGUUAGACUAGUUAUCUGCUAGAACAUCUCCUAAACACUGCCAAGUCAGUGAUUUCACUUGGUGCCCUCUAAGCAACCAAUAAUUUUUUUUUUUCUCCAAUCAUUAAGAAGUUGUGAGGAAGAGUUGACGCGUGGUUGCAUUGGGGCAAGUUACUCUACCUCAUGUGUUGUGUUACCGGUAUUUGAAAUAUAUUUUGAACACAAAAAGAAAAAUUCCGAGCCAAUAAUAAAUUUAAAAACUAAAAAAUUUUGUAAUAAAAAUAUUUUUUUAUGCAACAUUUUUCACAUUUCUUAUUAGGGGGAACAGUGCACAUUGUAUGUCGAAACCAAGAGCGUGGUGAAGCAGCACUUAGUGAUAUAAAGACACAGUCGGGCAAUCAGGUGAGAAAAUGGGUGCUGCAGGAUUUAUGAUUGGGUGAAAAAAUAAAGUCUUGCCACUCCUGUCAUAUCUGCUUAUCUGUUGUGUGGCCAAGGUGGUUUUAAAACUCACCGUAACAACCCCCCCCCCCCUUUCCCCCUAAACCGGAUGACUAGAUGGUCCUCGUGAUUUAUGAUUGGGUUAAAAAAUAAAGUCUUGCCACUCCUGUCCUAUCUGCUUAUCUGUUGUGUGGCCAAGGUGGUUUUAAAACUCACCGUAACAACCCCCCCCCCCCUUUCCCCCUAAACCGGAUGACUAGAUGGUCCUCGUCGAUGUUGACGGACGAACAACAACAAAAAGCUGCUUGUAUUAACCUAAGCCUGCCACUUACCUUGAAGGAAAGGCAGGAGUCUUAGAAACUAGUCAGCAUGGGAUUUUCCAAACCUAUGCUCCUGUGUCACAGUAAACUGUCGUAAAAACUGUACAUUUUCCUUCAUCUUGAGGUCAGAUCUGUUUUAAUCAGCAUGUAGAUAUUUAUGGAAAUAAUUGAAACAAAGUAUGGGAAAAACCUGAAGAAAGGAACACCCCAAAACAAUGAAUGUGUCAACAUAAAGCCUUCAUCAGGGAAAACACAACAGUAAAAACAGAAUUAAAUCAAAAUAACACUAAGCUGAGAUGUAGUAUCAGAAAGGGCAGAAAGAGAAUUGUGACAGAAAAUAAGUAGGUGAGUAAGUAAAUACAGACUAAAAGGUACAAGAAAGAAAAGAGGAGACGUAAGUCCACUGUAGAUUUUUAUGUAGGCUACACUGACCUUUUUAAAGUUUUUCAGCUAUGAUAUCUGAGAAGAGAGUUGUAGACUGUAGAAUUCUGAUUAGAUAACAAUUAUAUUGUCACUGUUCCAAAACAACAACCGCUCCUACAGGCUAUAAAUCAUAAGGCAUACUUUUAACAAAAUAAUUACAAUUUAGGUACAUUUUCAUUGAUAAUUCAAUUUUAACUGACAUUAUAUCCUAAUGUAAAGCAAUUAAAUUAUUGUUAUAAGGCACCACACUUACACAUUAAAAAAUGUAUGUAAUUAAAAUUAUUAAUUUUGACAGAAUGUCUUUUUGCAUCUUCUUGACAUGUCUAAACCAAAAGACAUCUUGGCCUUUAGCGAGAAAUUUAGAAGUAGUGGCUCAACUCUGAAUGUGUUGGUGGGUAUUUUGUUAGAAAAAUUUGAAUGACAUAAAAAGUCAGUUGUAUAAAGCAUUGAUUAAAUCAGGGAAAUGGAAAGAGGGAGGUGAUAAGUCUGAUAUUUCGAUAUUGAUAUAUCUGAUAUUUAAAUAUACUUUCUCAUACCAUUGUAUGAUAUCUCUGGAGAAAUUUCAAUCUUUCAUGCAUUAAUAUUUUCACUGAUAAAUGUUUAAUAUUUUUAACAUUCAUAUUGCUUAGUUACAUUAAUACUCUUAAUAAAUGUUAUGCUACAUAUUUUUUACUUUAACUCUAAUGUGUCUUUCAAAUCUUUAGAUAAAUAAUGCAGGAAUUUUGGCAGGAGACAAAAGAGAGGUAACUGAGGAUGGACUAGAGGUGACUUUUGCAACCAACACUCUGGGAGUUCACAUGUUAACUAAAGGACUGAUUCCGGUACUUGAGAAAGCAGAAGACCCAAGAGUUGUAAGUAUAAAUUUGUUACUUUUCAAUGUUUUUUUAAAAAAUAUUGUCAAACAUUAAAUGCAUAAAAUAUUAUAUUUUGAAGGUAUGUAUGGUUCAAAACACAGAUUAAAGAAAUUUUUCAGUAGUUAUUUUGGUAAAUAUAUUUUGAAUUAAGCAUGCAAAUAAUAUUUAAAAAUUAAUUGUAACAGAUUAUUGUGUCUUCUGGUGGGAUGUUGGUAGAAAAACUGGACUUGAGUGACCUUCAAUUUGAGAAAAUGUCUAAAUUUGAUCCAACAAUGGCUUAUGCUCAGACUAAGAGGCAAGAAGUUAUAAUGGCGGCAAUGUAUGCCAAGAAAUAUAUCAAAAUUCAUUUUUCUAGUAUGCACCCAGGUUGGGCAGACACUCCUGGUAAGUAUCAAACUCAAGACAAAUUGACUUAGUUUAUGGAUCUAUCUAAUUUUAGACAUUGUAACAAGCAUAUCUUUGUUUUUAAUUUUCAACAAAUGUGUUCAUGCUAACAGCAAUCAGUCCUCCCUUUCAAUGUAAAUAUUAUUUAUAUGUGUUUAUUUUGUUAAAAUUAAAAAUUCUUAAUUAUUUAUGAAAUGGGAAAAAACUGUUGACUUGACUACAUUAUGGUCCUAUCAAUUCAUUGCCAAUAGAAAUAAAAUAACUUUGUGCUGUUAUAAACCAAUUUUAAACCAAUAUUACAGGAGUUCAGAAUUCAUUACCAGACUUUUAUAACAGAAUGAAAGAUAGACUUAGGAGUGAAGAUGAAGCUGCUGAUACCAUUUUGUGGUUGGCCAUUGCCCCCGCUGCUGUAAAACAUCAGAGUGGACUGUUUUUUCAAGGUGAAAUAUUUCUGACUUGCUUUUGCUAUGUAUGAUGCUAUUUCAUCAGAUUGUUUAUAUCAGUGACAGACAGUGUUUCAUGUGGUUCUUUAUAUGCUUUAAUUAAGUUGACCCUUUUAGUGUAAGUCAGUGAGUUUAUAAACCAUCUUUUUACAUGAAAUCAUUCAGAUUAUUGUUUCCUCAGAUCGCAAACCUGUUCCUACUCACCUGCCUCUAGCAUGGACCAAAUCAAGUCCAGAGGAUGAACAAAAAUUAUUGGAAAAACUGGAUGAAAUUGCAGAGAAAUUUUGAAGUUUUUCCAAAGCAAACUGGAUUUGAUCAGCAUAAAUAUAUUUGAGUUACAACUGUUAGGUCAAUUAAUAAAAUGUUUUUGUUUUUUUUAUGUUCAUAUUCUACCUUGGUGUCACAACUAUUUUUGGGAGCAAUAUAUUUAUGUUAAAAAUUUGAAUGUGUAAAGCACCUAAUUCAUGAUAUAUUUCUGCUAUGUAAAGUAACAGUUCAUUAAUUUAAAAAGAAAAAUGAAGUGAACAGUGCCAAUUAUGGUGUAUGGAUUUUCAUGUGCAGAUUUUUGGAUUUUAAAAAUGUAAGUGUUAAUUGUCUUCUAAUAUCUAGAUAGAAUUAAUAUCUAUAUAGAAUUUAGUUUAUUUAUCCUCAUGUUAUAUGAAGAAUCUCAACAUUAAAAAUGUUUUUGUUAAAACUUGACAUAAUUUCACUAAUUCAAUGACCUAAGGAGAUAGUUUGAUCUACUAAAAAUGCCCCUGAAACAUUUUAAGUCACCUAGCACUGACUGAUGAUAUUUAAUAAUCAUGCAUGCAGCUUUAAAAACAAAUAAAAACAAAACUGAGAAAGAAAAAAAAUUAUGUGCUCCAUGAUUUCAAUAAUAAUAGUUUUCAAAAUUAAAACUGAAAUUUUUUUUUUAAUAAAAAAAGGAUUUAUACAGGAUGUUUUUAUUAAUUUUAUUUCCCUUACUGAGUUGUUCAUAAUUUGCUGUAACACUACUGCAUUC